UUACAAGCCACGUGGAUCACGUGAUAUUUGCUGAGGUUUGCAGAAAUACUGGUGGGCAUUGAUUAGAUCAGAGCAUGCCUCCAGCCAGGCCACCAUAGAGCUAGAGAUACACUGCACUGGGAUCCUGGUCAAUGUUUUCUCUCUACACAUACACUACAAGUAUUGAGCCAUGACGCAGUCAGUACGAGACACCAAAAAGAGAGUGAAAGUGUACAGCUACACAGAGAAUGCAUUGUGGGAUGAUAUGGGAACAGGGCAUGUGACAAUUGACUUUAUGGAGAGGAAUAAUGCCUUCACCGUGAUUGUACGAUCAGAGGAUGAUGGCUCUGUGUUGCUGGAGUCCAAGAUUCUGCAAGACAGAGCUUAUCAGAAACGGGAGGAGACGCUGAUAGUAUGGACUGAAGAUGACUCGUGUGAUUUGGCAGUGAGUUUCCAGGAGAAGGUGGGCUGUGAUGAGAUGUGGGAGGAGAUUUGUGAGAUCCAAGGUCGCAGUCCAGAAGUUGCUGCCACGCAAGCUCUCUCAGAGGAUGGGGAGUUGUCAGACUGGUUUGAUGAGUCGAACGUACAAGUAGAGCUCCCUCCCUGUGAAUUGAGUCGGCUAGAAGAUCUGCAUAACGUUAUAGAGAAGGCACUGUCUAACAAGAGCGUGUAUGAUAUUAUAAGCCUUGGUAUUGAAAAAGAGGAUUACGUCUCCAAGCUUUUGGAUAUUUUUCAUGUGUGUGAAGAUCUCGACAACGCUGAGGGAUUAAAGUUUCUGCAUAAGAUAUUCACUGGGCUGUUGCUGCUGAACAAGAACGACUUACUGACCGCGAUGAUCCAGGAUGACACAAUAAUGAACGUGAUUGGUUGUCUGGAGUACUCCCCCUGUUUCCCUCAUGUCAGACAUCGGGACAUUGUACAGAAGAUGUCGGAACGUACAGAGAUCAUUCCCUUCAGUGACCCAACUCUACUCCCUAAGAUACACAAGACAUACCAAAUACAGUACAUCCGAGAUGUUCUUCUGCCCACCCCUUCUCUCUUUGAGGAGCACAAGUUUGCUGUUCUCAAUUCGUACCUACUUAUGAAUAAGUCAGAGAUUGUCCAGAGCAUUCAGCAAGACACGGAUUUUCUUGAGUCCCUGUUCAAAGAGCUCACUGAAGAGAGUACUACGGCCGAGAGGUACAGAGAGUUAGCAGAGCUGCUGAGAGAGGUCAACAAUUUUGCACUUGUUGCAAAACUCCCAAAAAACAAGCUCUAUACUUGGUCCGGAUUCAUGAAAGCUAUAGAAGGAAUGUUGUCAUCUGAAGACAGUGUGGUGGUUCCCUUGGCGAUAGAUAUUCUUCAGUCAGUCACCAGCUACAAUUGUUCCAUAACUUGGGACCACAUGCUCCAAACUACAGACUCCAAUUCUGAGGACACUCACCUGCUAAACAUUGUCAUUAGCCUUUUGGUGGAUGGAGAAUUUUCAGAAAAUGAUGUUCAGCUGGUAGGCCUCAUUCAGAGCAUAAUCACCCCCGACAACCUUGGAUCUGAAGCGGAUGGAGAUACUGAAGCAACGACUACAGCAUCAGCAACUGCAGUGGAGAAGUCGUUGUUUUUGAAGAACUUUUACUCUCACAGCAUGCAUCGUCUCAUGGCUCCUCUCAUGGCCCAGACUGCCUCGAAUAAAAUCAGCAAAGACACUGGUACAAAUGCAGUUCUUCUAUCCCACAUUCUGGACAUCCUCUCGGAGUGUAUUGAAAGGCACUCUUACCAAAUUAAGAAUUACAUCAUCGACAAAAAUCUCCUGUCUAGGGUGUUAGUACUUAUGACCUCUUCCCAUGGACACCUAGUGCUCACUGCACUACGAUUCUGCCGACGGAUAGUUGGGUUGAAGGAUGAGUUUUUCAAUCGUUACAUCAUCCGAAAUAACCUUUUUAGUCCCAUUGUGAAAACUAUGAUCGCCAACGGUCAGCGAUACAAUCUCGUUAACUCAGCAAUCAUUGAGCUUUUCAAGUUUAUUACAACGGAAAAGAUCAAAUCUCUGAUAGUAUACACAGUAGACAAUUUCAUGGCUGCAUUGGAUAGUGUGGAGUACGUAGACACCUUCAAGCGACUCAAACUGGCCUAUGACCAGGAGAGAGAUCGACAUGAGAACAUGAUCCCUACAUCCAACGUCAAAGAGUCAGCAGGCCUGCAUGUAAAUCGUGGCCUCCUCCGCUGGAGAAAAGACCCACGAGCACUUGAUGAAGAUGAGGAGGCAUGGUUUGAUGACGAGGAAGAAUCUGUUGUCACAACAACACCCACUACGUCCUUACCAAACUCACAGCCUCUCCUAGUCCCUAAGCCACACCCACUUACCACCCCUCCCUUCACACACUUGUCGUACAGCCCACGUCCUUCAGAAGAAAACAAACCCCCUCCCGGGCACUACACAAGACCACCUCUCAUGUCAGACUCACAGAUUAAGAUACAGCCCGUGACAAGCUCUCCUGCAUUAUUGAUCUUAGCAACAGACUACGAUGAAGAUUCAGAUGAAGAAAGUGAUAGUGACGAUACAACUAACCCUGCAAAACGACUGAAAUUAUAGCUGUUUUUGUGCCACACAUAAUAUUGUUGUACAUGUAUGAUUAUGCACCCAUACUUACAGAAGAGGUUACUAUAAUUAUAUUGCCGAAGAGAC